GAGGAGGUUAUUACGACUCAGACUGCAGCAGGAUCCAUACACGCUGUCGGGAAAGAACGACGGCCUGCUGCAGCAGUGGAACGGCGCACAUUGGAGCACAAGAAACGCGUGAAGCGCCGCUUUGCACGCAGAACGUUUUUGCACGGGUCUUUUGUUUUCUCCGUCCGCAUAAAGGACAGAGAUAGACGGCGACACGAGGAUCCAUGAGAGACGCUUUGAACAGGAUACCGCUUCAGUGUCACGGUUGUGUAGGGGUGCAGCCAUGGAUGCUGGGAAGCUGGAGCAGCAGGUGGCCAGUGUGGAGAGAGGCAUAGCCUUCCUGAAGCAGGAGCACCUGGCCAUGCUGACGGGUCUGCAGCUGGAGAUCACACACCUGAGGAGGCGCUGUCACGAGCUAAGCUGUGAGCUGGACUCCAGGUUUCCUGACAGAAGCACAGAAGAGGAGGAAGCAGAGCUGGCAGCACGCUGCGAGGCUGCACAGCGUCUCCUAGAGGAACAGCAGUGCAUGAUGGUCGCUGCACGUGGGGAGCUGCGGGCCGGCCGGGCACGGGCAUCGGCGCUGGGCAGAAACCUGAGGGAAGAAGAGCGGCAUUUCCUGGAGGAACUGAAACGUCGCAGCCACAAGAUCACGCUGCUGAGUCGAGAGCUGCAACGCCAAAAUGUCACCACGACAACCCUCUGCCACGAGCUCCACAGCGCACGCUUAAAACUGUUCCAGCAACGGCAGAGCACAGAGUCUGGUGCUGAAGGAGAGGAGGAACCCAGAGGACAGGAGGAGGAAGAGAAUGAUGAUGAUGAUGAAGAUGCAGGUGAGGAGGAUGAAGACUAUGAAGGGGAGGGCUCAGACUGGCUUCUGUCUCCACCUCCUCCAGCGUCUCCUAGCCAACCAGAAGCGAGACACAAGAGGCGUGUCAGCACGAGGGAGGAGAGGGUCCGAGCUUGCGUACCCAUGGAGAGGGUGACAUCACCGCAGAGGCCACAACCUAUGCCCGACCCCGCCCUGUUCUUAGUUCCACUUAGAUACCGCCUCCUUCGCUUGAACCAGCCAAUCAGAACACAGAGUGGAGAGGGGGUGGAGGACGAGUGGGAGGAUAUCGAGGACAGCAGGGUGCACAGGAGGGUGGACAUGGGAGCAGGAGAAGGAGAAACCGCUCUGUGAUGGAGAUAGAAGAGACAAAGUUGUCUUCCAGCAGGUCUCGGCCAAGAUCAACCAACAACUGAUGCAGUUAGUCUAGAAAAAAAGCUUAAGACAAGAUGUAACCUUGUGAUUGUCUGUAGAUUUCAGGAAGUGAGUCAAAUAUUUAGAAGUUAGUUGCACAAGAGCGUGUGAUCACAACGACGUAUUAACCUAAUCUGUCACAUUGAUGGUACAGCAGGUGCUUUGAAAAUGUGAAGAUAAGAGCUGGUCAACAAAAAAAAAAAGACUGAAGAGUGGUACCGUUUCAUAUGGAUGCCUUUUGAUUUUAACACUGUUGAUCACGGCUUUUGCCUGUAAUUAGUAGCCUUGCCAUGGAUACUGUGAACACAGUGUACUGUCGACGUACGUGGCAACCUGCUUCUUCACUGCACUAUCUGCAUUCCAGGUUUGAAAAGUCACUCUA